AUGGAGCAAAAGAAGAAGAGCGACGACAAUCUGAUCUCCUUUGGGGCGUUGGAUGAAUUUGGUGCACCCCUCAGUUGUUUACCAUUUGCACCUUGGCCGCAACUAUUGGUUCACCUCCAGCGGUGGGCAGCGGUGCGGAUUGAGCCAUUGGUGGGAAAAGCAGCAGAGGCGUUGCUGCUGGUGGCUGCUGUUGAAGCGAGGCUGCUUCGCAUUGGCAGCGGAGCCUGCGGGCUGGCGCUGGAGGAGGACUUCCAGAAGGAAAACUUGGUUGAGAAGGGCAAGUACCUGGUGAGGUCCCUGUCGACCAAAGUGCUUGGGCAGACAGAUGCUGGACGCAAGAAGGUGUAUCCAGCCAACUUUGUGGAAGAGGAGUUGGAUGAAAUUCACUAUGCAGCUGAAGAAGAAUGUGAUGAAGAGCAAGCCUUAGCCAUGCUCAUCGAGGAAGGUGAUGAGACAGCACUUGCCAUACAAGAGUUCGAGGAUCAGGUGAUCCAUGUUUGCCACUGGAAGGAUGAGUGCCCGCUGAAGGACAAGAAUGUGACUGCAGAUGCGAACGUGAUCCUCACGGAAGAGCUCUCAGGGGGUGGUGAACUUCUUGAUGAACUUCCUGGCCAUGAUCUUGCCAAUUGGCAGGAAAGUAGGAAUGGCAGCUUAGGUGACUCAGGCACUGGGAUCAUAGAUACCGGUGCAAGCAAGUCCGUGAUCGGCGAAAAGCGAGUGAGUGCACUUUUGACUACUUUGAAGGCAGAACACCGUGAGAUGAACCAGAUCGGCUUCAAAGUCAGUCCGCUCUUUCUCAAGCUGACAGCCAUGACUCUUCCAAGUGCCUCGGGAACGCCAUUUCCGGGACUCCAGACAGAGAUGCUAGAUGCGAUGCUGUCCGGAGAAGUGGAUGCCUCUCUGGCCUUCGAAGAUCGACAACUACCAGAGAUCAAAAGUCGUCGCCCUCCAGGUGUGAUGACCUUGAAGGAGUGGGGUCAGUUGAAGUUCCCGGAAGGGAAGUGGCGGCACAAGUCCUUCUUUCAGGCAUACCAGGAGGACCCAAAGUACGGCAAGUUCAUGAAGGAGCACAGGAAACUGGUGUCAGCUUGGGCACUGAGUUUUCAGGCUUACGUGGAAGCCAUGGACAGGAUGCAGGAAGAGUGCUCGAAGGCCUUCUACCAGGAGUAUGCCAGACAGUGGGCCAAAGCCGAGAUGUCCAAGAUGUAUCCGAAGGCAGAGAUCGAGAAGAGUCAAGGACCAGAGUGGGAGCUGUUGACAGGAGGGGUGACAUCGCGUCCGAUGAGCACGAUGUCAUCACCAAGUCAGAAGCGCCCCAUGGAAGAAGAGCAGUCGCAGAUGGCGAUCGAGGUGCAGCAGAAAGAGGAGAUGAUCACUCGCAUGGCGAUCUUGCAGCGCGAGAUGGACAAGAUCAAGGCCGACUUGGAGGGUCAAGCUGCGCUUUGGAAAGUUUUGGAGGAAGAGCGACCGAGAGAAGUCUGGAUGGCACCAGAAUGCAAAUAUUGGGGCAACUUCAGUCGCAGAAACAUGGGCAGGUUUGAUGAGAAGCCACUGGUUUUGGAUGAGUUGCAUGUUUGUGAUGUUGAUGAAGCUUUUGUUGCCGGAGUUGUCAAAAGAAAAAGAGUGUCCGCUGCAGCAGUUCCAGAGAGCUUGGAAGAGCCGGUUUCAGCAGAAGUGAAGCGUCCAAGGUAUCACUGCAAACAGACACCAGCAGGUGACCACGGAUGUGCAGCCGGUGAAUAUUGGGAUGGCAUUUUUAAGAAAAUUGAAACCAUGGUUCCACGGGUAGGCAAACGUGUUUUGGAUGAUGAUGGGAUUUUAGCUCAGAUUCAGAAGGGGGCCCCAAACUUGAAGGUUCAGAGGGUUGAAGCCUGUAGGGGAACUGAGAGGUUGCGCCUUCCUGGAGCUGAUGCGGACCCAGAAACCAUCCCGUUGAGAUUGACCGUGGUCAAAGACCGCAUCACGGGUCAGUCAAUGGUACUUGGCCCAGCUGAGGAAUGGGCUGCUCUGCCAAAAAGGCAGCAAAUUCGAAAGGGUCAAUCUGCAAAGAUGAGCCUCACCAUUUUUGGAAGUUUUCCAAAGUCAGGGGAGCUUGAGACAAUGGGGUCUGAUAAGGAAGCAGGUACUGGGGAUGAUGGUGAAGAUGUUGUUGUGGUAAGUAAAGACCCUCCCAAGAAUGUUCCGGUUCAUGGACCAGGAUACAUGUUGUUGAAUGGUGAUGAAAAGGCUCAGAUUCGGAGGUUGCAUCACAACUUAGGCCAUCCACAUCCACAGAAGUUUGCCUGGUUUUUGAAGGAAAGGCAUGCGGAACCUCAUUUGGUUCAAGGAGCUCUGGAUUAUCAGUGCGACAGUUGUGCGGAAACAAAAGCUGGUCCAGACUCCACCCGUCCUGGCACAAUUCAUGAGAAUCUGGGAUUCAAUCAAGUGAUUGGUAUGGACACUGCUGUUUGGACUAAUAGUGUUGGUAAGAACUUUCAGUUUUCUCAUAUCAUUGAUGAAGGGACUUUGUUUCAUGUUGGUUCUCAUGUUGUCAGUGCGGACACAGAUUCUCAAAUUCGAGUCUUUGAGAAAUGUUGGAUGUUAUGGGCUGGCACUCCUCAAGUUGUGUAUGUUGACCCUGGCACGGAAUAUACGGCAGAAGCAUGGCAGGACAGAAUGCAAAGGCAUGACAUCCAUGUCAAAGUCAGUGCAAGUGAAGCACACUGGCAAGUGGGGAGAGUGGAAAUUCACGGAUCAGUUGUGAAGAAGAUGUUGAGUCGCAUGGAUUUGGAGUCACCAAUAAACUCGGUUGGGGAGUUUGAGCAGGCUUUGGUUCAUGUGUUCAAUGCCAAGAACAGUUUAUCCAGAGUGAAGGGAUACUCUCCCGAACAAGCUGUCCUUGGAAUUGCCAAAAGAUUGCCUGGGUCCGUUGUCUCUAGUCAGGGGGUAGGAAGUAUAACUCUGGCUGAAGGGACUGGUCCCGAGAGCGAAGCCUUUCGAGCCAGUCUGGAAAGACGCGGCAGUGCACGCAGAGCUUUCAUAGAAGCUGAUAAUUCAUCCAGUCUUCGUCGUGCGCUUUUGAGGCGGACUCGGCCAAUGCGAGGACCUUUUGAAAUAGGAGAUCUUGUGUUGUAUUGGCGUAGGAGGGGUGCCAAUCUACGUAGAGAUCGUGGUCGCUGGUAUGGGCCAGCGAGUGUUGUUGCAGUCGAAGGGUCCAAGAAUGUUUGGUUGAAUCAUGCUGGAAAGCUAGUGCGCACGAGCCCUGAGCAACUUCGUGCAGCCAGUUUUCGGGAGUGGAAGCAGGCCAAAGAGUUGCUCACAGAGUCUGGCCCAGGGAACUCAGAUUUACAGAGAGCCCUCAAUGAUGGCAGUUUCAUUGAUGUAGAUGGGGAGGAUUUUCCUGACUGGGAAGCUGAAACAGAGGGAUAUGACCCAUCAAUUGGGGAGCCCGAAGGAGAGUUGUCAGUUCAGCCACCUGGGACACCUAAUGGGGAGUUGAGCAAUCAGAGAAUGAACUCCCUGAUUACGUGCGUGUGCCGGUUCCAGAAAGUGUCAGUGAGUCCGAUGGUGAUGCCUCACAGGCGGGCGUCAAUCUUGAACCAACGGAUGACCUUCUGUUUGGAGAUGACAUCACCAUGUCUGCAGAUGAUAGGUGUUGCCAGUUCUGGGAGAUUGAAAUUCCUGUUGAAAACCAUGAAGAGCAUGCACUGUUUUGCGCUGGAUCAGCAGAUGAAAGUGUGUUGUUGGUGA